AUGAACAAAGAAAAGAAAGAAGAAUUUUUAGAAUAUUUAUUAUCAAAAUCAUAUAAUUCUAAAUGUGCGCAUUGUAAUAAACCAUCUCCUUCUUGGGCCUCUGUUACACUUGGAUUAUUUGUUUGUCUAACAUGUGCAGCUUUACACAGAAAACUCGGUCCAACCAAAUCCCGAAUUAUUAGUCUCUCAUUAGAUAACUUAAACGAAUAUUCUCUUAGAAGAUUAUAUGUUGGUGGUAAUAAAAAUGUUAAGAUAUUUGAUAUUGUUGAUAUCUUUAAUAAUGAAAAUAACCAAAAAGUACUUGCAAAAGAGCUUGAUAAAAAGGUUGAAGAAAACGAAAAAAACGAACCAGGUGAGACGUUUAUGGAUAAAGUAAGCAAAGGUAAUAAGUAUAAGUUUGAUAGUGAUGUUAAAAUAGAAAAGAAAACAAUGAAGAAAUUUGGUGAGGAUAUAUCAAGUGAUAAUAUAACAGAAGAUUCAAACGUUGAAGAAAUAAAAGAAACAUCCCACGGGCCCAGAAGAGUAAUGUCAAUUAAUAUAACAACUCUCAGUAAUCAAAUUAACAAUGACCAUCUCAUAGAAGAUAAAGCUACAGUAUCUAACAAGUUAAAGAGGUCAACCAAGAAAAUAAAUAAAAGUGAUACUUCUAGAACACCCUUCUUAAAAAAAUAA